CGCCCGGAGCGCGGAGCCGCGUGCCCACCAGCCGAACCAGAGUCCUUUUGGUCUGAAGUGUCUGUGAGACCUCACAGAAGGGCACCCCAGGUUGGACUCACCAGUGCCCCUGCUCCUUCAGGCAUGGAGGCCAUGGCAGCCAGCACUUCCCUGCCUGACACUGGUGACUUUGACCGGAACGUGCCCCGGAUCUGUGGGGUGUGCGGAGACCGAGCCACAGGCUUUCACUUCAAUGCGAUGACCUGUGAAGGCUGCAAAGGCUUCUUCAGGAGAAGCAUGAAGCGGAAGGCGCUGUUCACCUGUCCCUUCAACGGAGAUUGCCGCAUCACCAAGGACAACCGGCGCCACUGCCAGGCCUGCCGGCUCAAGCGCUGUGUGGACAUCGGCAUGAUGAAGGAGUUCAUCCUCACCGACGAGGAGGUGCAGCGCAAGCGUGAGAUGAUCCUGAAACGGAAGGAGGAAGAGGCCUUGAAGGACAGCCUGCGGCCCAAGCUGUCGGAGGAGCAGCAGCGCAUCAUCGCCAUCCUGCUGGAGGCUCACCACAAGACCUACGACCCCACCUACGCCGACUUCAGCCAUUUCCGCCCUCCUGUGCGCCUGGGGGAGGAUGGAGGGAGCCACCCCGCAAAGCCAUGCUCAAGUUACACGCCUAGCUUUUCUGGAGACUCAUCCUCCUCCUGCUCAGACCACUACACGUCUCCAGACAUGAUGGAACCGACCAACUUCUCCAACCUGGAUCUGAACGAAGAAGACUCAGAUGAUCCUUCUGUGACUCUGGACCUGUCCCAGCUCUCCAUGUUGCCCCAUCUAGCUGACCUGGUCAGCUACAGCAUCCAAAAGGUCGUUGGCUUUGCCAAGAUGAUCCCAGGGUUCAGAGACCUCACCUCUGAGGACCAGAUCGUGCUGCUCAAGUCAAGUGCCAUUGAGGUCAUCAUGUUGCGCUCCAACCAGUCUUUCACCAUGGAUGAUAUGUCCUGGACCUGCGGCAGCCAAGAUUACAAGUACAAUGUCAAUGAUGUGACCAAAGCUGGACAUAGUCUGGAGUUGAUUGAGCCGCUUAUCAAGUUCCAGGUGGGACUGAAGAAGCUGAACUUGCAUGAAGAGGAGCACGUCCUGCUCAUGGCCAUUUGCAUUGUCUCCCCAGACCGCCCUGGAGUGCAGGACGCUGCGCUGAUAGAGGCCAUCCAGGACCGCCUGUCCAACACACUGCAGACCUAUAUUCGCUGCCGCCACCCGCCUCCUGGCAGCCACCUGCUGUAUGCCAAGAUGAUCCAGAAGCUGGCCGACUUGCGAAGCCUCAAUGAGGAGCACUCCAAGCAGUACCGCAGUUUGGCCUUCCAGCCUGAGAGCAGCAUGAAGCUCACGCCCCUUGUUCUUGAGGUGUUUGGCAAUGAGAUCUCCUGACUAAGGCAGCCCUCAGUGGCACAUGGGUGGGACUGCUCCUCUGGGGCUGCAUACCCCAGCCUGGGGCUGGCAGCUGCCCAACCCCUUCCCACCCCCUCUGGAGUUCAGCCCCUCCCCUCUCACCUCCUCUCUCCACCUUGCCCACGCUCUCUUCAGCCCAACCUAAUACUAAGUCCCCCUUUCUUGAAGACCACAGGCUGCCCCCAGUCCCUCAAGACCUCAGUCGUGAGGUGCUGUUGUCAAUUUGACAAACUCCAGUGGGGACAGAGGACAGAGGCUGAAGGUGGGGCUUUGCCCAGGGAUGCCCCCACCACUACAGAAGUGGCUGCUGGCUGGUGUUGAGGGAACAAGUAGGCAGGAGAAAUGCACCCAAUCCUCAGGGACAGAGAUAAACGUACCUCCCCCUACUCCAGGUGACAUGCCCAAAGCCUGGUGGGGACCUUCCUGCCCCUGCCCCUAACCCUACCUGUGACAUGUAACUGGCCUGCAACCCAGCCCAUUCUCCAGCAGUCUGUGCUGUCCUGUCCACAGCCAGAGUGCUAACCAAGGGCUCCUCCCUCUGAGAGGCCUCCCACCACUGGCCUGUCUAGGACAUUCACUGCCAAAGAUGACCAAAACCAGGUGACUAAGUCACAAUUCCUCCCUCGCCCACCUCUGCUGGCCCAAGGGCACUUGUUGAACUUCUUGUCUGCCUGUAUCCCAUUGUCAGGGUAACAUUCUCCUUGGAGGUAGCUGCGUGAGGUGGGCUUUCUCCCCAAGGCUGGGGCCACUUACCUAGAACUUACCUGCUGAAAGACCCAAGAAGGGAAAAGAGCAGGGCCCUGACAGUGCAUGGCAGCCAAACCCAGUCUCCCAGAAGAGUACUGGAUGGUGGCCACAGCUGUCCCUGUCCCCGAGCCCAUGGCCCCUCAGCUUGGACCUAAGGUGUUACUGGAAGUGGGGGUCUCCUUUCAGGGAUCCACAUAGCAGGGCCAAGUUGCCCCAGGUUGCAGAGAAGCCUGGGCUCUGCGCAGUCUCCUGCUGCCGGUACCUUACCUCCCAGCCCAGAGAGAGAGGAUCCCCCAGCCCCAGACUCUCAUGCAGCAGCUGCAAGAGCUGGUGGUGCCUCAUCUUAAGAUGGUCAAAAUGGUCCCUCUCUACCAACCAACCCACAGGCCGGAGAAGCAGUGUCUGCUCUGUUCCCCUGUGGGGCAACAUCUUCUCACCUGUCUCACCUGCCCAGGUAUAGUUCCAAGACUGCCAUUCUCCAGGGAGAGCCAGGAGCAACACCUCAGGGGGUGGGGGGUAGGGGGGAGGUUGAUUUGGUGGCUUGUUAGAGAGUAUUUAAAGGGUGGAGUCCUAUGGAGCUGGUUUUCCUCUUUUUCUCACUCCACCAACCCAAAGUCAGAAGGGGCCUGUGAGGCAGGGCCCAAGGGGAGGGCACAUAAUUUAAAUUCAGCAUUCUCCCUGGUAGCCAGAUCAGGCAGAAGAUGGGAACUCUCUGUCCAUUUACUCCAGGUUGGGGUUCCUUGGGAGAGUAAGCCAUAGGUGUGGUGGGAGCCCCUGGAUGAAGGUGUUCCUGGAAGUCAGAGAGGGUCCUUCAGAUCAUGGUCUGAGUUUGGGGAACACAGCCUCAUUUGAUAUCUCAAAGCGGGGGGGGGGUGUUAACAUGAGUAAUAAGGCCCCCUCUACCUGCAUCUGUUCCUUGAAAACUCUGAGAACAACCAACUCACCACUGCUAGAGGCAUCAGUGCCUACCUGCCCAGCACUUCCUAGGCAGACAGCCAUCUGACAGCCAUGGUCCUGCAGAAUCCCAUUCUCAUGGCUGAAUCUUUCAUUUAUUAGAUAUGAGUUGUUUUCAGAAUCAGACUUCAUUUUGUACCGCAUUUCAAUAUAGCAGCUAGUAGUUGCCACUGGUUAAAGAUAUAUUUAUGGAGGAAAAACUUACAUUGUGAAAAUUCUAUACAUUAAUUGUUAUAUUGUAAAUUAGAGAGCCACCUUGAUAUUUAAUUUUGACUAUAUACGACACAUUUAAUUUUGGCUAUAUACAACACAUUAGUCCAGCUUGCUAUUCAGUGAGAGAAAACUAGUUCAACUCCCUUGUUAAAGAAAAUAGACUCAGAGGAGGGUGUGACUCACCCAAGCUCAUAUAACUGGUUAGAAGUAUUGCCAGGAACUGGACCCAAACUUUGGCCUGAUGGUCCCGAGCUCUUUCCACUACACCACGCUUUAGUUUAGAGCCCAUAUCACACACACACACGCACACACACACACCCCAGUGACUGAUCUAGUCCCUUGGGGAAGUCCUGGACUUUAGACAGAGCAAGUAUAGACCCCCAAUUCCUUUCUUCCUUCCCUGAGAGUCACCCUGCUGCUGACCCAUUAGGAAGAGGACAAGGGACACCUCAGCCUGGGUCUCAAUGUGAAUCAGAACCCCCACCCCCAGUGUGGCCCUGGCCAGGUGGGAUCUCUGCCUCAGCCCUGUAUGAUGCUGUUGCCUUAUCAAUAAAGUGCA